GGAAACGAGGGGCGGGAACAGGAAGUGGGGUUGGGCCGAGUUCCGGGCGCGAGGCGGCCGCUGAGCAGAGCAGAGCGCGGCGGCUGAAAGCUGAGGAUCUAGAGCCACGAUGUUCCGGAUCGAGGGCCUCGCGCCGAAGCUGGACCCGGAGGAGAUGAAACGGAAGAUGCGCGAGGAUGUGAUCUCCUCCAUACGGAACUUCCUCAUCUACGUGGCCUUGCUGCGAGUCACUCCUUUUAUCUUAAAGAAAUUGGACAGCAUAUGAAGAUUGGACAUCACAUAUGAAUGUAUAAUAUGAAGAACCUGGUUACAGUUUCUACUCCUAUCUGCAAAUGAAUAGAUCCAGAAAGGUGUAAGAGACUGAUUGAAUGGACAUAAAAAUUCUACUUGUUAAGAACAAGUUUGACUCUGGUAACUGACCUUCAUAGCUAAAAUAUACAACUAUUUGGGAAGUAUGAAA